CUAUCCACAGUCUCUGGUCAUCCCUGUACUGUCCGCAGUCUCUGGUCAUCCCUGUACUGUCCGCAGUCUCUGGUCAUCCCUGUGCUGUCCGCAGUCUCUGGUCAUCCCUGUGCUGUCCGCAGUCUCUGGUCAUCCCUGUACUGUCCCGCAGUCUCUGUCUCUGGUCAUCCCUGUGCUGUCCGCAGUCUCUGGUCAUUUCCACUGUGUCUGCAGUCUCUGGUCAUCCCCUGUACUGUCCGCAGUCUCUGGUCAUCCCUGUACUGUCCGCAGUCUCUGGUCAUCCCUGUACUGUCCGCAGUCUCUGGUCAUCCCUGUGCUGUCCGCAGUCUCUGGUCAUCCCUGUGCUGUCCGCAGUCUCUGGUCAUCCCUGUGCUGUCCGCAGUCUCUGGUCAUCCCCUGUACUGUGUCCGCAGUCUCUGGUCAUCCCCUGUACUGUGUCCGCAGUCUCUGGUCAUCCCCUGUACUGUGUCCGCGGUCUCUGGUCAUCUCCUGUACUGUGUCUGCAGUCUCUGGUCAUCUCCUGUACUGUGUCCGCAGUCUCUGGUCAUCCCUGUACUGUGUCCGCAGUCUCUGGUCAUCCCU